AUGGAGCACUCGCUGUCGCGCACCGCAAGCGUAGAGAGCACCCGCUCAUGGCAGCAGCUGAUGGCCGGGUCGUUGCCGGCAGACAGAAAGGCCAGGUCGAGUGAGCCGGAGACGGGUGGAGAUUCUGUGGGCAGGGCCAGUGUAUCGCUGCCACCCUCUGGAUCGCAGGCAAUCCGACAGCUUCCCCAGCGGCGGGCGUCCAAGGCGUCGGACAGCAUCUUGGAUCUUUUUGGCCAUGCGCGGAGCAGCAACAGCACCAACAGUACCAAUGGCUCUGCUAUCGACGAGGUAGAGACGACGCCUACGCUAGAGGGUACCCGCACCAGCAGUCUUGUUCCAUUGAAUGCCCUGAUGCUCCCGGACGCCCUGAGACCACCACCACCGCGACCACCACCCGACGCCGAAGUGCCCGAGAACAAGCGCCUGUCGUUCUCGUCGCUGUACUCGAUCGGCUCUGCCAUCUACGCCAACACACGCGGCCACAGCUGGAGCGGACGCAGCUCGCUGGCAGGCUCUGAAUUCGACGCAAAGAUGGAAGGCGCCCCCCACACCACGACGGCGACGUCCUCGCUGACGGUCGAAACCACGCGCCAGAACGGCACCCUGGGCCCCAAACUCUCGCCCACGCAGGCGCUGUUUCCCCAGGAGCAGCCCGCAAGUGCCACCCCCAGCCUGACGCCCUCGAAUGCCUCGGCCACCAAUCUGGCUCUGGCCGCCCAGGCAGGCCUCUCCACGCAGCCACGCCGCUCGCGAAGCCGCACCGCCCAGCGCCGCAUCAGCGGGAGCACCGCCACCAGCAGCAGCCCCGCCAGCAGAGACAUGCGCGAGAAGAAGCCCACCAAGGGCAUCAUCGGCGUUUGCGCCCUCGAGUCCAAGGCCCGCAGCAAGCCCGCCCGCAACAUCUUCGGCAAGCUCGUCGAGGAGUUUGACGUCAAGAUCUUCGGCGACAAGAUCAUCCUGGAACGAGGCCGUCGAGAACUGGGCCCCUCCUUCUUCUCUGAUGGCUUCCCGCUGGACAAGGCCAUUGCCUAUGUGCGCCUGCGCAAGCCCUUCUGCGUCAAUGACCUGCCCAUGCAGCAAGUCCUGUGGGACCGUCGCCUCUGUCUGGGCAUCCUCGACAAGCUGAGCGUGCCCACCCCCAGGCGCAUUGAUGUGACGCGCGACGGCGGGCCCCGACUUCAAUCGCCCGAAUUCGCAAAAUCCGUCUUCGAGCGGACAGGCCUGAAGCUCCAAGGCCCCGAGGAUGGCACAGGUGGCGGUGUACAGCCGCCCAAGCAUGUCGAGCUCGUAGAUGACGGCAACACCAUCCUCGUUGACGGCGUCACACUGACCAAGCCUUUCGUCGAGAAGCCGGUGAGUGGCGAAGAUCACAACAUUCACAUAUACUUCCACAAGAAGGAUGGCGGUGGCGGCCGACGACUCUUCCGCAAGGUUAACAACAAGAGCUCGGAGAAGGACGACACUCUUGAAGUGCCUAGGUCCAUUCUCGAUCCCACAAGCAGUUACAUUUAUGAGCAAUUCCUCCAGACUGAGAACUCUGAAGACGUUAAAGCAUAUACUGUUGGGCCAUCUUUCUGCCAUGCCGAGACUCGCAAGUCGCCUGUCGUCGAUGGCCUGGUCAAGCGUAAUCCGAGUGGAAAGGAGGUUCGCUAUGUGACCAAGCUCAACGAACAUGAGGCUGCAAUGGCAUCAAGAAUCUCUGAAGGUUUCGGCCAACGAGUCUGCGGCUUCGAUCUCCUGCGCACUGACGGCAACAGUUUCGUCAUCGACGUCAACGGAUGGAGCUUUGUAAAGGACAAUGGCGACUACUAUGACAGAGCGGCCAACAUUCUUAAAGACAUGUUCAUCAAGGAGAUACAUCGCAAACAACGCAAAGACGCCGCCCAGUCUGCCGCUGCUGACGCACAAAAGGCGCCUGAAGACGCUGCCACAGCCCGCAAGAGCGAACACCGCAAGGUUUUCGGUAAGAUAUUCAAGAGUCCUAAAAUCUCGCUUCCUCCCGUCUUCGACGACGCCGAUCUGCAUCUCGAGCCAGAAGCCUCGCAAUCGGAAGAGCAAAUCCCGGUACCUCCACCAGCUUCUGCGGCACAAUGGAAGCUGAAGGGUGUGGUCGCCGUAGUCCGACAUGCUGAUCGAACGCCUAAGCAAAAGUUCAAGUACACCUUUCAUUCGAAGCCGUUUGUGGAUCUGCUGAAGGGCCAUCAAGCUGAAGUGCUGUUGAUAGGUCAAGUUGCACUUCAGAGCGUCAAUGAUGCGGUUAAGGUGGCCAUGGACGAGGAGCUUGAAGACAUGAAGAAGCUUCGCGAGCUGCAGUUGUACCUCAACAAGAAGGGUGCUUGGCCAGGGACCAAGGUUCAGAUCAAGCCCAUGUUCCGCAAGAGAAAAAAGGAGGAACUUUUGCCAGGAGAAUCGUUGCCUCAAGACACUACGGACGCGCCACGACAAGGGUCAGUAUCUGGCGAAGGGAAGGACGCCACGUCCGCUACUUCCGAUGAGACAGAAAUCGAGCGACUGAAGAACAGAAGUGAUUCCAUGUCCGGUGUCACCUUGUCUCGCAUAACCGCUCAGGAUAACAAUAUGGUCCUUGACAAAUUGCAACUAAUCAUCAAGUGGGGUGGGGAGCCAACGCACUCUGCACGUCAUCAAACGCAGGACAUGGGUGCUAAUUUCCGCAACGACUUGAUGCUCAUGAACCGGGAUGUCUUGGACGAUGUGAGCAUUUUCAGCAGCUCAGAGCGAAGAGUCACAACGAGUGCCCAAAUAUUUGGCGCAUCUUUCCUCGACAAGGAUCAGUACCUAGAGGAACGUAUCUCGGUACGCAAGGAUCUUCUCGACGAUUCCAACGCAGCGAAGGAUGUCAUGGACAAGGUCAAGAAGAAGCUCAAGACGCUUUUGCGCGCAGGGACCAAAGCGCCCCCGCAGUUUGCAUGGCCAAAGGAUAUCCCGGAACCCUAUAUUGUUGCCAGACAAGUCGUGGAUUUGAUGAAGUUCCAUCAGCGUGUCAUGAACCACAACUUCAAAAAGAUCGAUUCCGAAGCCGUCUCAUCGCUCACUGCUAUUCAGUCUCCACCAACCCAGCCAACUACCCCUGGGCAGUCUCUACAUCAACACACGAACGUCAACCACAUCCAGUCGCGUUGGUGCUGUAACGAAGGCCCAGAACUGUUCAAAGAACGAUGGGAGAAGCUCUUCAAAGAAUUUGCAGAUGCGGAUAAGGUCGAUCCUAGUAAGAUCUCAGAGCUGUAUGACACCAUGAAGUUUGAUGCACUACACAACCGUUCUUUCCUCGAAUGGGUCUUCACUCCAGACGCCACUUUCGUUGAUGAGGAUCCAAUCGUUGAAAGCUCGAAACAAAACUCCCCGGAACAAUCUGGCAAGAACACACCCACACAGUCCGAGCAGCCAGUCAAGUCUGAUCUAAGAGACAUCAACAAGGAGAUCAACCCAGAGAAACCUCUAGAGCAUCGCGCCAGUCUCAGUCAUCGUAUGGGUUUCCGGCGUAAAUCCGAGAUCGCAAUCAAGCCUGCUCCAGUACCGUCGUAUGUCAACGAAUCAUACUUCAAGCUCUACACUGGGCUUGGCACCGCUGCAUCUAAAGCUCAGAUCGAUGCUCGCCUUGUCAAGUUACGCGAAAUGUAUCAUAUGUGUAAAGUAUUGUUUGAUUACAUUGGUCCACAGGAGUACGGUAUUGAGAGUGAAGAGAAGCUCGAAAUUGGCUUGCUCACCUCACUACCCCUUCUGAAGGAGAUUGUGGCAGACCUCGAGGAGCUGCAAGCAUCAGAUACGCCAAAGUGCUUCUUCUACUUCACCAAAGAAUCUCACAUCUACACCCUACUAAACUGUAUCCUGGAGGGUGGUAUCAAGACCAAGAUUGAGCGCAACGCUAUUCCAGAGCUUGACUACUUGUCUCAGAUCAACUUUGAGUUUUUAACCGCCCACCAGGAUUGGAAGGAGGUACUCGAGACACUGCGCGCUAAAUUCCAUACUGUCAAGCUCCCCAAAUCCUUCGUUGCAAUCGACCUUAGCCAAGACAGCAACGGUGACCGUCGCGGCAAUGGCAAAAUGAAAGAGAACGGUGAUGCGAAGUCGGAAGAUGGCGAAAGAGGUAGAUCGGAAGAGCGACAAGAUGAAAUCAUGCUCCCAAUUGCAGGCGACGUGGCUAACAUCGCCUCACCUGUUUCAACGCUCGAUUCAGGGGAGGGGAGAGAGGGACUACAGCCGGCAGUGCUACCACCACCUGCUCUAGACCCUUGAAAGGGCUUCUAGAGCCAAGUUACGUUAGUAAGAGAUGCAUGUUCUAAUUGGACUUUUGAGACCACGGAGGCUGUAUCAAUAUCAUACAGAGGCGCCAGGUGUACAGUAGGAGGAUGGGAGGCUUUGGACAACACGCAUCGUUUUAGCGUCGCUGCGUAACGGAAACAUAAUUCUUCAAAGACUGCAAAAUGGAC